GAAAUUAAUGGAGGUGUCUCGACCAGUUGAACUACCACUACCUCAAAGAAAGUACGCCAAUACGAUAUUGGGAAAGAAAAUGCAAGGUUUAAGAUUAGAGAGGAACAUUCAAGUUGUAGAUUACCACGAGGCCAACAGCAGGAGUUUACAGGAAAUUUCAUCAGCAAUCACCGAAAAAAAUAAGUUAGUGGAAUGUCAACUAAAUAAGCGAUUAAAUGUUACUAAUGGAAACCAAAUUUCUGAACAAAUUGGGUGCAACAAUUGUGAAGAAAAAAUUCAUAAAUAUGAACAAAAUAAGAAAAAACGACGCAAUAAUUUUUUUUUCGUAGCUCCCAUUGCCGGCCGAUUCGAAAAAGCGCCAGAAAAUCACAUGGCCCUGAUUUUAUACUGACUUAGGAUUAUUUCAUCAUCUUCAUAUCAUUCAAUCAGUUAAAUUCUGUGAAGGAUUUGUAUAAAUAUUUUUAAAUGAAACAGAAAUCUCAAUGGUAUAGGUAUCCACUAAGGAAAUUGCUUUACCAAGAGAAUUCUUCUUUAGAAAAACUAGUGUUUGUCUUCAAUUCCAUCAGUUUUUGUUAUGUUUCUAUGCAUAUUAGUAUAAGCUACUAUUUAUAAAUUUUCUUACGUCGCUCUUUGGGUUAUCCAAGGCCGCAGCGCGGAUCAUCAAAUUGUUUAUGGCUGUAUAUAAUAUAAAAUAUCUUCUCAAAUUUUUCAGACUUUUCUGAUCAUCGUGUGAGCCUUUGAAGUGUUUGCAAUUGCCGUUAAAAUGAAUUUGAUUUUGUUUUCAAA